GGUGUACACAGCACACACACCACACACGACAUAAGCCUUAGAAGGGCAAUUAUUUCCCACUUUUUUUUUUCUCCUUCCCGCUUGUGAGCGAGUUGAAAGGAUAUUCCACCCCCACCCCUACAUACGCCCUCGACUACGGCCCACGAACGACUACGGUACGACAGACAGCUAGCAAUCAUGGCCUCCUUCAACAACCACCAGAACCAUCACCACCACCACUACGCCCACAGUCCGAAUCCGCUAAGACCGUACUACGUACCGACGACGCCGAGCCCGUUCGAAGCCGCCGUUCCCACGUCCUCCUCGUCGGCCAUCCCCGUAUCAUCCUCCUCCCUGCUGCCAAAGAAUGGCGGGGCGCCAAGUAGCUUCACGAUCCUCCAGGACUUCCAGGAUUACUCGGCCGACUACCUCGACAGCCCGUCGUCGACCGGCGAGGCCAUGCGAAACUUCCUCGAGCAGGCCGUGCUGAAGUACACCAGCAUCCUGAUCAGCCAGCCGUUCGAGGUGGCAAAAACAGUCCUGCAGUGCCAGUACGUGCCCAAGAAGGAGGGCAAGGGGAAGCAUCAGCAUCAUCAUCCGCGUGGGGCGUCGGCGACUGCGGAGGAGGAGGGCCACGAGUCGGAUGCGGACGAGGAGAAGAGUGCCGAGGGGGAGGAAAGUGAUAAUCCGUGGACUACGUUCGAAGAAGAGGAAGCGGAGGAUUCAGACGACGAGCCAAAGUACUUUGCCUCGACCGAUUCCGCCGAUGAUUCGCCAAAAGUCGGGCCGUCGAAGGUGCUGGCUACCGGCCCGAAGAAGACGACGGAUAGAGCCGGCUACGUGAUCGAGGAGAAGGAGACUGCCCCAAGACCGGACUAUCAGAUCCGGAAGUGCAGCAGCAGUGCCGUCAACGAUGCUCUCAAAGCUCUAUGGGCUAAGGAGGGCGCUUGGGGUGUCUGGAAAGGCACGAAUGCUACAUUCAUCCACUCUUUCCUGGUGUCGACAAUGGAGGCGUGGUCCACAUCGUUAUUAUCGGCAGUCUUAUCGCUGCCGGACCCGGGUGUCACCGAGAUUGCCGAUUCUACGCACCCACUGGCGUCGCUCGGAGUUGCAAUUGCCGCAUCAGCACUCACUGCACUGCUGCUUGCCCCGCUGGAUCUGAUCCGCACAAAACUAAUCCUUACUCCCCGCUCCUCAAAACCGCGAAAUCUCCUCCCAUCGCUUCGCGCACUGCCGAGCUACUUCAUCCCCACCAGCCUAAUCCUCCCGACGACCCUCCAUGCCAUCCUGCCAUCACUAAUCAAUCUCGGCACCCCGUACUUUCUCAAAGCGAAACUCAACCUGGACCCGCUUCUCACCCCCGCCUCCUACAACAUCCUGACCUUCUUCGCCAACAGCGUCGAGCUCUCGGUCCGCCUUCCCCUCGAGACGGUCCUCCGCCGCGCCCAAAUCGCCGAGGCAAAACCGGAACGAACAAUCGUGCCCGUGGGCCGCUACGCCGGCGUCGUCGGCACCGCGUGGGUCCUCAUGAAGGAGGAGGAGCGCGGGAAGUGGGGCAUCGAGGGGCUCUACCGCGGAUGGCGCGUGGGUGCUUGGAGCAAUGCGGGCGUGCUGGGACUUGGACUGCUGGGUGUCCAGGGUGGUGCUAAGCACGAGUUCUGAUUGGUGAAAGCAAGCGGUGUGGCGCGGUGUGGCCUUUUCCCUUCCUUCCUUCCUUCCUUCCUUCCUUCCUGUUUGGAGGCAUGGUAUUUCGGCAUUGUUCUAUUCUAUUUCUAUUUCUACUUUUCUUUUUCUUUUCUCCGAUGGGGGUUUUCUUUACUUUACUGUUUAAAGGGAAGCGUUUGCGUGCUUAUUCUUUUAUUUCUUUUUGGAGUUUUUUGUCUUUGUUGGUUGGUCGGUUUGCAUUGGUCGGUGAAGGGUGAAGGGUGAGGGGGGAAAGGAAGGAAGGAAGGGGGUGGAAUAACCCACUUAUUUUACUACACCUUCUACCUACUCACCUAGCUUAGAAGGUAUAGACAGUGUGUGGGCCAGUGUGGGCCAGUUGAUGACAGUUACGAUAUGAUCUCCGCUUUUCUUUUUUUUUUUGGCUUGGUUUUCUGGUACAUACACAUUCGGCCUUUCUUUGGCGGGUUGGCGGAUUGUGAUAGACGGGAGGG